GUAUUUGACACAAAUGCUUUGCAACCGUUGAUCAAGUAGUACGUGAUAUAGCCAAAUUUUUUUGUCCGUUUAAUGACACAAUUUCUUUUUUGAAAAAACUUAUUAUCUACUAUAAAGGUAUCGAAAGUAUAAAAAGGAAAUGAGUAAAAUGUACCUUCUGAAUUUAUCAAUAUGUGGUCGAAAAAAUAUUAUCUUGUGUAUUUUAAUUGCCUGUAUCACUUAUUGCCAGGCGCAUAUUAAUUCUGAAGGAAGAAAAAUAAGUAUAAUCAAUUUUGAUCCUGAGCACCGAAAUUUACCACAGUAUAACAGUUAUUUUAAUGCAAGAUCCAAGACGAGGAUAACAGUUAGAGAUGAUAAAUCAACAUUUAGAAAGUAUUUUGAUUUUUCAAGUCGAUAUGUGACAAGAGAUGCAGCCUUUAUUUUGAUUAAAACUAAUCAAUUACCCUAUUAUCAAGUACGUGUGUUUUACAAUCAACGAAAAUUACCAUCUGACAAUAUUAUUAUUUACAAUGAAGUAAAAAAGUUUCGAAGAAGUAAAAAAGCUCGUAUUUUGCAACGAUUAAGAGAAACGAAUGAUGAAAGACUAAUACAUAAAAUAUAUCCAAUGUAUUUACGUUUUUAUCAACCUAUUCAAGAACGUAGACACUUUAGAAGAUCUAACAAUAGAAAAAUUCGAUUUACAGCAUCACAAACUUUGCAAUCUGAUACUAUUUUGAAAUAUACAGAAAGAUUUCUUAAAUUUCGGUUGAAUUAUAAAAGAUUUGCCCGUGAACAAUAUAACAAUAACUUUAGUCAGCAACGAUUUAGGUUAAAUUAUAGACUUCAUGAUAAUGUAGAAAGUUAUAUAUUUAAAAUACUCAGAGAAGUUCAGUUUAAUUCAAAAGAACUUUUCAGAGUACAAAGUAUUAAUCCAUUAAUACCAGAGACAAGUUUCCCAUCUUUGAAAUAUGGAGUUAAUCAGUUUAAUUUGAAUAAAAACAAAUUAGUAAUAAAUAAAUAUAAUUUUGAAGAGACAGAAAAUACAGAAAUUAUGCGUCACUAUAAGCAAUUAAACCAUAAUACACUACCUCAAUACUUCAUAAGAUUCGACACUUACUUUACUAAUCGACAAAUGAACAUUGCAUUUAAUUUUGUAAAACAUGUAUUUACAGAAUUAAACAAAAAUGCAUUACAUGUGGAAGAUAAAUAUUUUUUUUUGAAGUUUGGUUUUAGUAAACAAUUUCAAAAAUUGAUUCAGAUUACCGGAUUAAAAAAAAGUAUGAGAAAAAAUGAAUUUAUUGUAUUAGGGGAAAAGGAUAACCGCAUACAGAAGUUACGAUCAAAAGUUAAAUAUCUUGAAUCAGAUUUAUGUAACAGAAAAGAUACUGAACGGAAAGAAAUACAAGAUAUUACAUUUUCAGAUCAAAGACAAAUUUUAUUUUAUAGAAGUUCUCAAAAAAGACAAAUUUUUGAAAAUUCCUUUAGACGGGAGAAUACUGUUAUUACAAAACAAGUAGUCAGGAAUAAAGUAUUGAUAACGGAUACUAAUCGUAUAAGAAAUUUGAAUCGGGUAAAAGGAUUUAUAAAUUUUGAACUAAAAGUACGUUUAUUGGAAAGAAAAUUCAGAACAUUUAAUAUUAGAACCUCAAAUGCUAUUCCAUUUGGACAACGUAAUUUGUCUUACGCAUUCCAGAGUAAUAAUCUUAAAAAGAAACUAAUUCUGAACAAAACAAAUUUAUUCACAGAAGCUAUAAGACACAUAUUCUUAAUUUGUCUUUGUGCAUUACAUGCAUCAGCUAAUCUUGGAAAGAAGAGCACAUUUUUAAGGAGCACUAAACAUCAACUUCAAUCUCUAACUGGUGUUUAAAACUAAUGAAGAUAUAUGAAAAAAUCUAUUCUAUGACACUGAAUAAAAAAGUUUGACAUAUAUUAUUAAUAUAAAUGUAUUUAAUAAAAAUAAAAAGAUGUUCAUUGAAACAUCUCAAAAUCUAAUACAUACAAAA